AUGUCGUCCAACUCGACCCUCGAUGACGACUACAUUGUCCGAUUUGAACUACCGCAGGGUAUUGGCGCGACGGAAGACGUAGAGAGAUAUGCACCCGGCGGAUUCCAUCCUGUUCACUUGGGCGACACGUUUGAUCAAGGGCGCUACAGAGUUGUGCACAAGCUCGGUGCCGGCGGCUUCUCUACCGUUUGGCUGGCGCGAGAUGAGACUGAAAAGAAAUGGGUGGCUUUGAAGAUUAUCGAUGCGAAGCAAUCAUCCACAUAUACCGACGACGACGACAAGAGUUCUCCUGGCCAAACAAUGCUGCGCGUUGGCGGAACAGAGCGUGUGGUAGUUCAUCACCGACGGUUUUACUUUGACGGUUACAACGGCCGCCAUUUAUGCCUCGUUCUACCGGUUCUCGGCCCUUCAUUGUCUGAGCUGUCGUUUCACUUUCAAUACCGACUCACACCGUGCUUUGCUCGGAGAGCUGCACAUCAGGCUACGAGAGCCAUCGCGGACCUCCACGCACAAGGCCUCUGCCAUGGAGAUUUCACAACGGGUAAUCUUCUUCUUGGAAUGGUAGACCUCGACUGCUACGAAGAAAGCGACAUUAUCGAAUUUUUCGGCCAGCCACUGACUGAUGGCCUAAAGACCCAGUCUGGCGAAAUGAUUGGUGUCGAGGCGCCACGAUACAUUGUUGGAAUCAUCGAUUUCCUAUCCGCUCCCCCUCAUCUUUUCCGACCAAAUGUCAAACUGGUAGACUUUGACCAGUGCUUUCCCACCUCGUCGCCGCCCCAAAAGAUGCUCGGCACGCCAUACGAGUUUCUCGCUCCCGAAGUCGCAGCGGGCUUGGAGCCCAGUCCCGCGAGUGAUGUUUGGGCGCUCGGAUGCUGCAUACUUCGACUUCGCGACGGAAAGGGCCCUUUCUCGAGCCCCUUUGAAGUCGGCUGCCCCGCAGAUGUCUUGAGCUACAUUAUCCAUACGCUAGGCGGAGAUGUGCCACGCGAGUGGCAGGAGAUCUUGUGGGAUGACCGGGGAAUGCCUACCAGCGAUGCCCGCAAGGGGAAGCCGCUUCUCGAAUGGUCAGGCCGCCAAGACUCCCUGCGAGACAGCGUGUACAACAUAUGGGAUGAGCCCAGCAGCCGUGUAAUUGAAACCGGUUCUCCCCGUGUGAUGAAGCAACAUUCUUCGUCUAGGCAAAAGAACGAGCCUUUCCCUUCUGGCUGGUCAAAGAUGGUGUGGAAUCCAGCGGCCAUCAAAGUAGACGGGGUUUAUCUCGGCUACUAUGACGACGAUUGGCCUUUGGUGCUCGCGUCCCUGCCAAAGAUUCCUGACCACGAGGCGGCUCUUCUACUUGACCUUUUGACAUCCAUUUUCGUCUAUGAUCCCAAAAAGCGACCCACAGCCGAGGAGUUGCUUGAGCACCCUUGGUUUCAUCUCGACGGGCUCGAACACUGA